CACAGCAAGCACUGUUAUUAAACGAUUAAUUUUGUCUUACCGUAGUCGUCUGUUAAAACAGUUGCUCAAAAUGUCUGAUUAUAUUUCACAUAUUGAUAAGUGUGUAAAGUUCUGCAACAGGAUCUAUGAACAACAUUCUUUUAAUCCACGUGAAGGUUUUUCUAAUACCUCAGAUGUAAAUCGGUUUAAAGCAAAUAUAGAAGUCGGAAGAGAUGUUUAUAGUCAACAUUUCGGUCAGAGAAGAUGCAAUCAGGAUAGCGAUUAUCUUGAACAGGACUACAUUCAAACGAACAGAAAUAAUAUUAUUGAAAGCAUGGAUGUUUCCGACUUUAGACAACUCGAGCGACUGUCUGCAAAUCUGAUACAGUUGCUUAAUAAGGCUAGACAGAAUUCUGCAAAGGUAAAAUCAAAAUGUGAUAAUACAAGCAGACAAGUUUACAAUCCCGGACGUGCACCGAACAGACAGCGAUGCUGUUCAAAUUGUUUUGCGGCAAAUGAAGAUGUUUUGGUCAAGAUGGGGAAAGAACAACAGCAGAAUAUUCAGACACAUAAUGCCGAAUCGAUAAUAGGACAGAUUAACUGUUUGCCAGAGAGAGUGACAUGUACACCAAAAAACAAUGUUUCUCUGGGCGGAACAUUAAUUUCUGACAACACCCCUGGUAUGACGGGUUUGACAGGGAUAGGGUUUUACGAUACGUCUAAAUCAAUAAGUUCUCUUGAUGAAAGUGAAAAAGAUCGAAAAAGGAAAAAUAAACACAGCAAAAUGGAACGGAAGAAGCGAUCAAUUGUUACCAACAGAAUAGCAGAGAUUGGAGGCUCGGUCCCAGUAAAAGCUACAAGGCCGUCUUGCACGCAGAAACGACCAAUUCUAAAUGAAACGGCUGAAUAUACCAAAUCUUUCCAAACGGGCCAGGACCAAGUACAAAUAUUACAAGAUAAGGUCGAUGAAACUGGUCGUGAACUCAGAAAUUUAAUACAAAGGAUAGAGCGAUUAGAGACUAGAGUUUCAACACGCUUUUCAAACCAAAGAAUGUGUGACCGUCAGCUCCGCGAAGCUAAUAACCUACAUAGCAGUUCCCUACCACCAAAUGAACCCGACAGGAACGUUCAACAUUAUCAUUCAAAUACGAUAUUAACUGUUCCUCAAAUACUGCCAUUGCAUGACACUUAUGAUGCCAUAUCAGCACCAUUUUCUGUUGAUUCUGUUACAUCUGUACCAAGUUCCAGUAGCUCAGGAAUGGACAUAAGCGAUAUGAAUUGUUAUCUUUGACUCAACAAUGUUCAUAUGUAAUUUUGAUAAAUGUCUCGUAGAAUGAACAGAAUAAAAUAUUUCGUCUUAUUCUCUUUGACCUGAAGUCAAGAUUUUCAUCCAGACAACAUAUUUACCGGUAUUUUUGUAUACGAAUGUUAAUUAUUCAACAACUUUAAUCACUAUUUCUCAUUCUACGAUGUGUUUCCAAUUUGAGAGCUUGUAUUUUGUUAGUUUAUCCGUGUCGAGUUCUCUAUUUGAUUCUUUUUCUAGUAUUCUGUCAUUAACAUUAUUUAUGUUAUUUUGAUUCCUUUUUUUGCUUGCACCAAUGACCGUCAAGAAAUCAACUAUGUUGUAUUUGGUAAUAAAAGUUCUUCAUAUGUUGUGUUUAGCAUGUUUGUACACGUUAUGUUUUGUUCAUAUAUAUUCUCCUUCUUAUAGUUUUAUAGCCUUGUGCCCUGUCCUGUUUUUGUUUGGGGUCUUCCUGGGCUCCUUGUCACAGGCUCUUGUUACUGGGUCGGGUGGGGGUUGCGUUCAUUGAACGCCGCCUUUCCUUGUUGAUCUUGUUUAUCAUAUUCUUCACGUUUCAUUGUUCUGUUAUAGUGUUAUUACAUCUGUAAACGUGUGCCUGGUUUGUUUUUCGGUUAUCCGGUCAUUACCAGUAUCACGUUUCUGUUUGUACUUUUUAAAUCAAAGCUUUGAAAAUAUUUAUUUUAAAGAUUACCAUACUUAUGUUUUUACAUAUGACUUCAUAACGACGUGUAUUAUUGUCAAUACAUAAUUCCGUCGCCUCCGUGUGUUGAUCUUCAAUAUAAAAAAGAAAUAAUUCUAUUUUAUAGGAAAUCUGAUAAAUGAAUACCAUCUUGUAUGUACAUGUACGUUUUUAUUACAGCUUUUUCAAUGUUUCACAGAUAUUCAUACAUAUUUAUUCACGUUUUAGCUUUACAUAUCUUUAUUUGAACAAUUGGAACCAAAACAAAAGUGCAAAUCAGAAUUUAUUAA